AUGAUGAUGGAGCUAUUCAGAAAACUUCGAACUUUCGACAUUUUUGGCUAAUAAAUUAGGCUAAAAGCAUCCGGUUCAUCUGUUUUUUAAUCUCAAAUUGGAGCCUUUAUGACUUUAUUACUAUUUAGCAUACUUACUUAUUCAGGUAGUUUAUUUAUUCUGGAAAUGAACAAAGGGAAGAAUGCAAUUUUUAACUCUUAAGAAGCUGUUAUUCAAAAUAAUGAAGUAUUUAUCUUUCCAAACUUUUUUUAGGGAUUCAGUUUUAACUCCACUGAACUAAUAUUUUCAGCAGGGUUACUUGGUAUUUUGGGUCAACCUAUUCCAAAUGAAAAUAACAGAAUAUUUAAGAUUGGAUUUUAUGUUUGCAAUAAAUCACUGAAUGAAACAGAUUGUGUUGUAAUACCAGGAGAAAUUUGUGGGGAUAGAAUUAGAGAAGCAUCAAAAGUAAAAACUAAUAAUUAAUUUAGAAAUUAAAUAUUGCUGAGGCAUAUGAAAAUAUAACUUAUUGUAUGAGUGAAUAGUAUAUCAGAGAGAAUCCUGAAAUAAGAAUUUAAGGAUCAAAUCGUUAUGAUAAUUUUACUUUAUUAGGAGCAUUAAUUGAAAGAUGUUCAAAUAGCACUGAAAUAGAAAGUAUAAUAUUAUUUAAUCUAGAUUGUGCAUCUAAUGAAGAGAUCGAUAAUUAUAUUACAAAUGCCAAUCUUUAUUACUCAUACUCCUUUCAUUAAUUUAACAAAGAAUAAGAUGUUUCUCCAUAUCAGUAAACUGAAAACAUUGACCUUACUUCACUCUAUUAUAAAGUAGGUAAGUAUAUUAAAAUUUAUUUACAAUACUCUUAAAGUUAUCUUGAAUAUAAUCCUUUCUAUUUUUUUCCUAGAUAAGUAUAACAUGAUGGGGUUGAAUACUAAAAGACAGUGACUGAUAGUGUGCUUUAUUUCUAGGAUGCCAAUACCUUAGCUAGAAUUGAAGUGCAUUUGGAUGCUAAGAAGAAGGUUUGUUACAUUACAUAUUAAACUUUAAUGGAUGUAGCUGCUAAGCUCGGAGGGUUAUUUACAAUCAUAAGAGCUUUGUUGGAUAUCAUAUUAUAUCCAAUAUAAUCGAUUCUCUAUAAGCUUUUUUUGAUAAAUUUCUUAAUCAAUCAUUAGAACAAAGGUAACAAUAAGGAUAUUUAAUUAUAAAAGUCUAAAAAAUAGGACAUAUUGCUCCAUUAACUAAUAACUUCUUCAAAGAAAAGAGAAUUUUAUAAUUAAUAAACUGAAUUAAUCAAUAAGUAUUUGGAUGUUAGACAAAUAUUAAUUCAUCCGAUGUAGUUUACAUAAAAAAUAGAGGGUUUAUAGGAUUCGAUAAAGAAAAUUGAUAUCUUGAGUUCUAGAUAAAUUAAACUUAUUAGCAAACAAGAAAUGGAUGAAUUAGUUGUGCAAAGCAACAAUGAAGAGUACCCAGAUUGCAGAUGUUUAAGCUAUGGCACUAUUAAUUCUGAAAGCAAGAUAAAAAAUUAAGAUAAUUAUGUCAUUCCAAAAAUGAAAAUUUAAAUUCAUUGA